AUGUGUAAUGUAAAUAAGCUUAAUUUCAAGGCAGAAAAUAGUCCUCCUCCCAUGACCAGAAAAGAGAUUUGUGAUGGAUAUCCAUCAUAUCUGGAUCAAGCUCUGUUGAGGACCAUUCUGAAGGAAUCAAACUUUCCUAUUAAUUUAAUUCUUUGUUCGAUUGGAGUUCUCCUUGGAGUAGUGGGCUACUUUGUAAAGGAGUUUACUAUUUUGACAGAAUACAUUGCAGAGAUUGAUCCGAUCCUGUUUCUUCAUAUGUUCACACCUGUUAUAAUAUUUACUGCUGCUUUUGAAAUGGAUUUUUAUAUAUUUCGGAAAUCAUUUUGGCAGAUAUUGCUACUUUCAGUUCCUGGCCUUUUGCUGAAUUGUACUUUAAUUGGAUGGUUAACUUAUAAAAUCAAUAAGUAUAACUGGAACUGGCAUGCUAGCAUGUUGUUUGGAACCAUUCUUAGCACAACAGAUCCUAUCCUCUCUGUGGCUUCCGUGAAAAACAUUGGUAUGUCAAUUUUUCCAACAGUUUUGAAAUUUUUCUUCUCUUUAGCUGAAUGGGUUGGAAUGUCUGGUGUUAUCUCUCUCACUGUUUUGGGAAUUCUUUUAGAUUCUGAAAGCUUUAGUCCAGGGGUUCAUGAAUUUAUCCUUAGGUUCUGGUCAACGCUGACAUUUUUGGCUCAUGUUAUGAUAUUCAUUAUAAUUGGAAUUGUGAUAGCUGUAAAAGCCUUUCCACAUGUGACUAUUCAUGAUUUGCCUUAUAUCUUAACACUGUAUCUUGCAUUGAAUCUUAUAAGAGGUCUAGUUGUUUUGUUCUUGAGCCCUCUUCUGAGCCGCCUUGGUUAUGGAUUUAACUGGUGCUGGGGAGCUGUCAUUGUCUGGAGUGGAAUGAGGGGUAUUUUUACUUUGACUAUGGCUCUUGGGAUUAGCCAGUCAAAAGAUCCGGGUACAGCAGCAAUGAAGAACAUGAUAUUACUGCAUGCAGUAACAGCAUCAUUAAUGACUUUGAUGAUUAAUUCUACCACGGUGAAAAAGCUGGUUACAACAUUGGGUCUAUGUAAUAUUACUCUUCCAAAGCGUAUGGUAAUGUACAGUGCUGUUCAGCGUAUAAAAGAAAUGGAGGCCAACGCAUUUUCCAUGUUGAAAUUUGAUAGAUUUUUCGCUGAUGCAAAUUGGACCAGGACUGAAGAAGCAAUUAAAAUUGAUUACCCUUAUAAAUUUGACAUAGAGGAAGUUUCCCAAAAUGUUAGAACACUUGAAUGUCCAGAUUGUAAUGCAGAAAUUUCAUCUGAGACAACACCUCAACAAAUUGCUGACAUACUGGAAGAAGCCAGGUUACGUCUUUUAACAGCACAAAUAGCUAGUUAUCAGAAGCAAUACCACACUGGAAUGCUUAACCACGAUGCUGCCCAAACAUUAAUAGAUGCAGCAGAAAGCUGUGUUGAUACUAGAGAAAAGUAA